UUACUAUAGUUAGAUUAUCAUCAAUUAUCAUAUUAGAACCCGAUUUCUUCAUACAAUUUACAAUUAUCUAUAUCCAAUACAUUCCAUUUAAUAUAAAAUAAACUACCUUAAAUUAAAAUGGGUGAAAUAACAUUAGAAACAAUUGCAUACGCAAAAUUAAUGUUACAUGCAGCCAAAUAUCCUUCCUGUGCUGUGACUGGAAUACUUUUAGCAGAUGGCACAAAUAUAAGAGAUGGUGCUAAAAACCAGGAAUUAAAUAUAGUUGACGCUAUACCUUUAUUCCAUCAUAGCCAUUAUUUGUCACCCAUGGCAGAAAUAGCAUUGACGCAGAUAGAUACAAUGGCUCAAGCAGAAAACCGCGUCAUAGCAGGAUAUUAUGCAGGUUGUGAGAAUUUUAGGGACAAUACUGUUGAAAAGUGUCCUGGGCAGAAGAUAGCCGAAAAAAUCGCAGAAGUUUUCCCAUCUGCUGUAUUUAUUGUGAUUGAUAAUAAAAAAGUGAUGAAGCAUCUUGAUUCACCAGCAAUUAAACUACAUAGUUACAGUGAAGGGAAAUGGAAACCCAAAGAUAUGAGUAACAUUCUAUAUCAACAAUCAUAUGUGCUAGAGACUGUAUCAUAUUUGUUGCAAGCUCUUGUGUACAAGGAUUUAGUGGAUUUUGACAAUUAUUUAGAUGAUCUGACUCUGGACUGGACAAACCUUGGUAUUGAGAAAGUAAUUGCAAGUAUUAACGCCUCAAAUAGCGUUGAAAGAGAUUAUAUUGAGGAAAGAGUCGAUGAUGAUAAUGAUUAUGAAUAAAUUAGUAUUACAGUCAAACCUUGAUAAGUUAGUGAAGGGAAUGCAAAAAUUAUUUCACUUAUGUGUUAUAUAUAUGGUAUGUUUCUUUUUAUCCAGAGGGGCUAGA